CUAUGGCGGGCUUGAAACUUAAGACUUACUGAGGGAAGGCAAAAAUUACAAUAUAAUACAAAACACUGUCAUAACUAACUCUGUCUUUAUAAUGUCGUAUAGACAGUGUUGACAAGUAGUUACAGCACCUGUAGUCAACUAUUAAUUAGCUUAGUGUUAGGCAACUGUUUUGAUUACACUAUUUACAAUAACUAAAUUAAUUAAUUUUAGUAGACAUGCUGGCAUCAAAGAAUCCUGCAAAGAUUCAAAGUGACCUACUAAUUAAAUUGGUUGACUGUACAAUUUCAGGUUAUUCGUACUAAUGCAAGUCCAUCCUAUAUGUUUACUUAAUAACCUUGUUUACUAGGGGAUGCAUUAUGUUGUGUUAAUUUAUUAUUUUUGCAUGUUGUGUGUAUUUUUUUAUUUGCAUGUACCUAAAGAUGACCUAGAGAAAGCAAAAAAAAAACUGAAACUGGUUGAAGAUACAUCAGACAUACAGACUGAAGCCGAAACAGAACCAAGUCUUAAACGUAAAAGGCAAAAAAGAUAUAUUUCUAGCAGCAGUGACGAAGAUAAACACAUAAGGCCACCACCGUUAAAAAAGAAAUUACAACCACUUCAAGCUGCUGACAAUGAAGGAGAUUAUGGAGAUAGUCGUCAAGCUCAGCCAAACAUUGCCCAAGAAACCGCUUCAAUAGCAGAAAGAACCCUCUCAUUACUGAAUGUAGCAGAUGAGCUUCCCAUCUUAAAAAACAGUGUAAUGCAAGAUUUGGCAGACGACGGCGACGGACGGUUAACUCCCUUUGCACGCCAAGUUAGUCCUCGGUGCCAAUAUGAACAACCGUCGAAUAUCGGCAGCGACGAGCCAGCAGCAACGCCAUCGAGAGUUCAGGGAUUAACAGGAUACCAAACAAAAGUGCUGUCAUUGUUGACAUGUAUCAAAACUCAAAAUGAUCAAAUAAUAAGUCUGUUAAAACAUACUGGCACAUCGAAAGGUAGCCUAAAACCGGAAUUCAAAUUCCCAAUUCAAAAUGCCGAUGAAUUAACUACAACUGAAUUAUUAAUAGAGAAAAAAGAAAAUUAUGACAAUUUGGUUUCAUACAUGAGAACUAUUGGAGGCAGGGAUAUUGCGAGCAAAGUGUCUCGACUAAUGAAAUUUUGUUUCACUGACCAGCUGGCUCAACAGUACAACUUUUAUGGAAAGAGAUCGAACAAAAAGCCUUUCUGCCAACUGCGCCUGCGAGAUUGUAUCGUGGAAGGAGUUGUCACCACUACAUCUGGGUCUACAGCUAAAGACGUAGAAGAUUCCAUUAAAAUUUGGUUAAAACAUGCCCCCGAAAGAUUGAAGAAGAUUAAACAACAAUAAACAUGGCAGAGAAAAUAAAAUAUUCGAGAAAAGCCAUAGUUGGCCAACGUCAAUUAUUGCGAAGAGCCAAAGAAGCACAGUUAAAUGUAAUUUCAAAUUUACAAAAGAGUACUACAACUGUAAGUGCAUCCUCUUCCUUAGUUAAUUUGCCAUGUACUUCAUAUAAUAAUUCUCAAUCUGAAAUUGUAUUCCAAGGUUCUAGAAAUAAUUCCGGUUUAUUGAUAGAACAUGACAUUUCUCACGAUAAUCAUAUCAUUACUAGUGAUAAUGAGCAUUUACUAUCUGAUUCAGAUUCUGUUAAGUCUAUAAAAGAAGAUGAUUUCAAAACAGAGUUAAAACAUUGGGCCACUCAAUAUCAAAUACCACAUAAUGCUUUAAAUAGUCUUCUUAAAAUUGUGUCUCCUUUAUGCCCUGGAUUACCAAAAGAUAGUAGAACACUGUUGACAACCCCUUUACAACUAGAAAUUACUAAGUUAGAUACUGGUGAAUUAGUACAUUUAGGUCUUCUUUCCCAAAUUCAAAAGCAAAUAAAACUAUUUAACGAUAAUGAUAGUAAUCUCGGUAAUAGAGAAAUUAAUGUUUCUUUUAACAUUGAUGGACUUCCCAUAUUCAAAAGUACUAAUACACAAUUGUGGCCAAUAUUGGGAUUGCUAAAAAACAAUCCUAAUGCUAAACCAUUUGUCGUCGCUCUUUUCUGUGGUCAAGCUAAACCUUCACCAUUAAAUGUUUUUUA